GGGAUAUAUUCCAGUGGAGGGAAGUGUCGUGAUACAAGCCAGAGGUACUUGCAGUGACAGUACAUCCAGGCCGUGGGGCUCUGGGGUUCCCCAGAUUUUUUUAACGGGCCGCAAUCGGACCCUUGGAGAGUCGGGUGUGACAGUAAUAAAACCGAUAUUUUUUCAUCCAAGUACUUGUACGCCUCGACUCGCAAGUGAAUCCGCCAGCAGCGACUCACUUGGCCAGAAACAAGGUAGCAGCCAUGAGGCCAAUUGAACUCGCUGCCCGGUCGGGCGCGGCUCUAAAGAGGGCCUUGCAAGCCCAGCAGCUACGCCGUGCCGCAAGCACCAGCACGCGGCCCGACUCCAGCGCGCACCUACCCCCAACGUACGAGAGACUCUACAACAAGUACUCCGAGGUCCGCCGGGUGCUGGGCGCGCAGCGACUGACCCUCGCCGAAAAGAUCCUCUACAGCCAUCUCGACAAUGUUGAGGAGUCGCUCCUCUCCAACACCAAUGGCGGCCGCGACAUCCGGGGCACGGCCAACCUCAAGCUCAGGCCCGAUAGGGUGAACAUGCAGGACGCCUCGGCGCAGAUGGCCCUUCUGCAGUUCAUGUCGUGCAACCUGCCUCGGACUGCCAUUCCCGCGAGCAUUCACUGCGACCACCUGAUCGUUGGCGAGCGCGGUGCCGACGAUGACCUGUCCGCGGGCAUCAGGACAAACCACGAGGUCUUUGCCUUUCUCGAGUCCGCGGCAAAGAGAUAUGGGAUAGAUUUCUGGCCUCCCGGUGCCGGCAUCAUCCACCAGACCGUCCUGGAGAACUAUGCUCUGCCGGGCCUCAUGAUGCUGGGCACAGACAGCCAUUCGCCCAACGCCGGCGGUCUUUGCACCAUCACUAUCGGGGUGGGCGGUGCCGACGCCGUCGAGGCCCUUGUUGGCGCACCCUGGGAGCUGAAGGCGCCCAAGAUCCUGGGUGUCGAGCUAACGGGCAAGCUCGGCGACUGGGCGUCUCCCAAAGACCUGAUUCUCCAUCUCGCCGGCCUUCUUACUGUGCGCGGCGGUACCGGUUAUAUUGUUGAGUACUUCGGUCCGGGUGUUGAGACGCUGAGCUUGACUGGCAUGGCCACGGUAUGCAACAUGGGUGCUGAGAUUGGCGCAACCACGUCCAUCUUCCCCUUUACGGCAGCGUCAGCCCGGUAUCUCGAGGCGACUCGGAGAGGCCGGGCAGCCCGGGACGUCGCGCUCUUCCAGGAAUUGCAGGGUGCCGGCGCCGGCGAGGAUGCUUUCUUCAAAUUCAAGGCCGACCAAGGCGCGCAAUACGACGAACUGAUACAGAUCGACCUUUCUAAACUCGAACCGCAUAUCAAUGGCCCUUUCACCCCGGAUCUCUCAACCCCGUUAUCGCAGUUCAAGGCAACAGUCCAGGAGCAAAAGUGGCCUGACAAGCUCUCUGCGGGUCUUAUCGGCAGCUGUACCAACAGCUCUUACGAGGACAUGACGCGCGUCAAGAGCAUUGUCCUCGAGGCCGAGAAGGCCGGUCUGAAACCCAAGGCUGAUUUCUACAUUACUCCUGGUAGCGAGCAGAUUCGGGCGACGCUCGAGAGGGACGGAACACUCGAGUCGUUCACUGAGGCCGGCGGUAUCGUACUAUCCAACGCCUGCGGUCCGUGCAUCGGCCAGUGGAAGCGCAUUGACGGGGUAGAGAAGGGCACCCCCAACGCCAUUCUCACCUCGUACAACCGCAACUUCCGCGGCCGCAAUGACGGCAACCCCGAGACUAUGAAUUUCCUCGCGUCGCCCGAGAUCGUGACGGCCAUGGCUUACGCGGGAUCCACCACCUUCAAUCCCAUGACCGACUCUCUCACCACCCCGGACGGCAAGGAAUUCCGCUUCCCCCCGCCGCGGGGCUUAGAGGGGCCCGAGACGCCAUUUGAGCAGGGCCGGGCAGUCUUUGGCGUCGCUUCACAGCCGCCCGAUCCGUCGGUAAAAGUAGCCAUCUCACCCAGCUCGGAGCGGCUCGCGCUGCUGGAGCCGUUCGACCCGUUCCCGGAGUCGGACCUCACUGGGCUGCGCGUGCUGGUUAAGGUGGCGGGCAAGUGCACGACCGACACCAUCUCGGCGGCGGGGCCCUGGCUCAAGUACAAGGGCCACCUGCCCAACAUCAGCGCCAACACGCUCAACACGGCCGUCAAUGCCGAAACGGGCGAGGUCAACGCGGCGUACGACCUGGACGGGUCGCGGCACACCAUCCCGGACCUGGCGCGCAAGUGGAAGGACGAGGGUAGGGCCUGGCUCGUUGUCGCCGAGCACAACUACGGCGAGGGUUCAGCCCGCGAGCACGCCGCCCUCCAGCCGAGGUACCUCGGGGCGAGGAUCAUUGUGUGCAAGAGCUUUGCGAGAAUCCACGAGACUAACCUGAAGAAGCAAGGGGUGGUGCCACUCACGUUUGCCGACCAGGCCGACUACGACAGGAUCGCGGCCGGCGACGAGGUGACCACCGUCGGGCUGUACGAGAUGCUGAGGAACGGCGGCCAGGGCGAGGUCAGCUUGCGCGUCACCAAGAAAGGCACAGGCGAGGAGUUCGUCAUCCCCGUGCGCCAUGCCGUCAGCCAGGACCAGGCCAAGUUCAUCCUUGCGGGGAGUGCGCUCAAUCUGCUUGCGAGGGGGUGAUAAGUUAAAGGGCUGGCUUUGGAGCAAAAAAACAGGGAGGGCAUUUACAGGUGUCGCUAGGGGCUUGGCUUGUUCAUUGUGAAUUUGUUUUGGUCAAUCGCAAUCGCAUGCAGGAGUCGGUUAGAGAAAUAUACACGCGCCAUACCCACUACGACUUGAGGUGCAGUAUACAUGUGGUUGCUCUCUCAAAGAUGGGGUGCGUGGGUUGGAAAGUGCGAUGCGAGUCUAGAACUUUGGAUAAUGCAUACCAAGAGUCGUAGCGCCGCACAACAGUCCGCAGGGGCUGCCAUAUAUCACGUACCGGGCAUUUCACAUACCCGAACCAGAGGAAUAAGGGAAGAGUAAGGAAAACAAGGCCG